AUGGAGGCCUACUUAGUUGGCCCAAUAGCUAGCCUACUAGCUAGUCAACUAGCUUACUGGUUGGAGUCGAGUAUGCUAUGUAGAGGAGCUACAAGGUCUGGAAUGUAUGUGACUAUGCAUGAAAGAGAAGUUGAUGCUAUGAGCAAAGAGGGCUAUAUGGGGUCAUUGCACGAGGAAGAUGGUAAGGUAGUAGGGGUGCUUCCUGGUUGGAGCACGAUAACAAGGAUGCCUGUGAGUUGGAGUAGGUGCUUGCUCACGAAGGGAAAGUCUGGUAGGCCCGAGCAUGCGCACGAGGAGGUUGGGACUCGUGGGUCCGUGUGUGCACAUGAGGAAGCUAAAGGCUUGGAUGUGAUGAAGGCUUGCAAGAGGGGUUAUGACAAGGGGAAGUUUCGGGUAUGGGGGAGCUUAUGUGUGGGUGUGAGAGAUGGUCGUUAUGCAAGGGUUUUGAGUGAGGAUGAGUUACGAGUGGUGAGGGAGAAGGGUGGAUGGAUGAAGAUGACAAUGAAUAGUAGAAGGUUUAUAUAA